AUGUCUCUGUGUCCGUUUGCUAGAGAUGAAUUUAAAGAUACAGGCUAUCAAAAGCCAACCAACAUAGCAUUAGUGUAUAUUAAUAUAACAAAAUUUCGCAUGAAUGGCACAGUCGAAUUUUAUACUUGUGGUAAUUUAGGUCAUAGAUCUAACGAUGACAGAAUAGUAUACGCAGCAGUCUGUAAAUCAGAUGAAAAUAAAAGAUUCAGUAUAAAUUUUGGAUAUACAAAGGCAAAAUAUUCGACACCAUUAAAAGCCUAUUUGUUUGUUGAUGGAGUUUGGGAUUAUACUUAUUACCAAAUUUAUGAUAAUUGUUAUUAUGUUGAGGAUGGAUUUUGGAAUCAAGAAAGAGAUAAGAAGUUUUAUUUUGAAUUCUUUACGUCGAAUAUGAACAAUGAUAUUAUUGGUAGUGGCAGUAAGAGACGAAGGGGAAGAAUUGAAAGAAAAGGAGGAAAAGAUGUUAUUAACGGUGAUGACAAUGUUGAAAAAACAAGCGGAAUCGAAAAAAAAAGUAAAAAGUAUACUGGAGGCGGACCUGGAACAAUAUCAGUACAUUUUUAUAAAGCAGAAUGGCAUGAAUAUGGCGUUGUGAAAGUACCAGGUUUUGAUGUAUCGCAACAAAAAGAUCAUAUUAAAGAAACGGCAAUUAGCACAGGGUUUAAAGAAGACAAAACUAAAGUUAGAAGUAAAUUACCAGAUAGAAAUAAAGUCACCAAAAAAUUUGAUCCAAAAGAUAUUAAUCGUUUAUUCAGAGAAUUAAAAUAA